GGGGUAGGGCGGAGAUGCAGGAGAGCUCUGCCCGGGGCGUGUCCCAUCUCUCCCUCCAGGCUCCCUGCGCCUUUAAGGACUCCUCCUCUCAGCAAUCCCCACCGAAGGGGAGGGAGCCGUCCCUGCCGAGGCGCCUUCCGUCUCCCCAGGAGCAUGGGCUGGGCUGCCGAGCCAGAAGCAGCGGGCCAGCAGUGUCCGACGCGCGCGGAGCCCGCUCUCCCCGCGCUAUAGUGGCGGAGCGCGGGCCCGUCGAACUAAAGCCGUCGAGGGGCUGCUUCGAGCUCGCGCCGAGCUUUGCUCCCGUCGCCGUCUUAGCUGCGAUGGCUCCUCCUUGGCCGCCCAACGGGACGUGGCUGGGGGCAGCAGGCGCGGCGCCGUCGGGCAACGGCAGCAACUCCUCCGGGGCGGCGGGCAGUGUCGGCCGGCAGGGGGCGUUGGGCGCCGCUCUCAGCCUGGCCGUGCUGGUGACGGUGGCGGGCAACCUGCUCGUGGUGGUGGCCAUCGCCAAGACGCCGCGCCUGCAGACCAUGACCAACGUGUUCAUCACGUCGCUGGCGUGCGCCGACCUCAUCAUGGGCUUGCUAGUGGUGCCCCCGGGGGCCACGCUGGUGCUGAGCGGCCGCUGGCCCUUCGGCACCACGGGCUGCGAGCUGUGGACAUCGCUGGACGUGCUGUGUGUGACGGCCAGCAUCGAGACCCUGUGCGCCAUCGCCGUGGACCGCUACCUGGCCGUGACGGCGCCGCUGCAGUACGAGGCGCUGGUGACCAAGGGCCGCGCGCGCGGCGUCGUGUGCCUCGUGUGGGCCGUGGCCGCCUUCAUCUCCUUCCUGCCCAUCAUGAACCAUUGGUGGCGCGACGGCGCGGACGAGGAGGCGCUGCGCUGCUACGAGGACCCGCAGUGCUGCGACUUUGUCACCAACAUGCCCUACGCCAUCCUGUCGUCCAUCAUCUCGUUCUACGUGCCGCUGCUGGUCAUGCUCUUCGUCUACGCGAGGGUCUUCGCAGUGGCCACCCGGCAGCUGCACGCCAUCGAGAAGGACAAGGGUAGGUUUCUCCAAGACGCAGCCAAGGGCUCCCGUCGCAGGAGACCCUCCCGGCUCCUGCUGGCCAUCAAGGAGCACAAGGCGCUCAAGACCUUGGGCCUCAUCAUGGGCAUCUUCACCCUCUGCUGGCUGCCGUUCUUCGUGGCCAACAUCCUCAAGGUCUUUGCCAGGACGCUCAUCCCCGACCAGCUGUUCCGCUUCUUCAACUGGUUGGGCUACGCCAACUCGGCCUUCAACCCCAUCAUCUACUGCCGCAGCCCCGACUUCAGGUGCGCCUUCAAGAAGCUCCUGUGCUGCCCCAGGAGCGCCGAUCGCCGCCUCCAUGCUGUCUCCAAGGACCUGCGCCGCUGCCCCUGCGCCUUCAGCCCCCGGGCCCCGUCCGAGAAGGAGGGCGAGCCGAUCGCCAAGGGAGCCAGAGAGGACGACGAAGAGGAGGACGAGGACGUGGGCUCCAGCAGCGCCAGCAGCCGCUCCAGCAGCAGGACUGGUGAAACGAAGCUCUUGUACCUCGCCAGCAAUGGGCACGGUUGCGCACAGCGCCCCCUGCGGGAAGCCCAACUUCAAGGCACACAGAUUACUUUGUGCCCGCAGCUGGAAGAAAGAUUUCCCACCAAAGAAGUGACAGAUUGUCCUAGAAUGUGAGAGAAGGAAGAAGCAAAAGAGAAUACAGUGAGUAUCCCUUUGAAACUCGUGAGUUAAAUAUGCAGGUUGUUUGAUAGAUUCUGCAUUUGAACGCAGACUCAGUUGCCUUUGCUUUGGUAGCCUCCAGGAUAGAUUAUUACAAUCUGCUAUAUGUGGGACUGCCUUAGAAGAUUGUUCAGGAUGACAUGUUCUUUUUGCUGAUGCUCCAAGGAUGCAGUGGUGGCAGAAAAAU